ACAAAGAAGGCGCAUGCGGCUCGCCCCUUCCCAAGUUUGCCACAUCUCCCAAACCCAACAACAGCUACAUGUUCAAACGAGAGCCACCGGAAGGCUGCGAGAGGGUCAAAGUCUUUGAUGAGAUGCUGUGUGGCCAAUCAAAAGGCUUCCCGCUCUUCUCCUGUCCCGACAAAAACAAGGUGAACUUCAUUCCUCGAGGUUCAGCUUUUUGCCCGGUCAAGCUGCUCUGCUCGUCCCUCUUCUCGCCCAUGUCCUGCUCCGGCGCCGAUGCCGACGCCGGCGCCAGUGCCGCCAGUCUCCACAGCAAUGACACCCAGUCUCAGGACACGCCCAACUCGCCCGAUAGGCAGGAAGCUGAGGCGGCCGUCGGCGGUUUGUCGUCAGGAAUAUAAAAGACGCUGCCACAUUAUAAACGCAACAACAACAACAAAAAAAGCUUUGCACUCCAUUAAUUCCAAAUCAAGCUCAUGUCCACACAAUCACUAAUAUAUUUUUAACACCUCCCCCCACCCGCGCCAAUAAAGCUAGUGCGAACUAAAAGCUUAACUGCGCGGCUACGGUAAAGUAAUUAUUAGCUUAUUUAAUUUAGGCUAACACCGAUGCACUUUCAAUCACGUUAUUGAACAAAACGGCAAGUAAACACAAGCAGUUGUUAUUGUUCGUCAACUGACGCUGUUUCUCGACAAGCAGAGAGGCUAGCGGUUAGCCAGUUAGCUGCCAGCCAACUCGAUGCUCCAAUUUGUUCAGGCCCAGGCCAAGUCCAACUUUGCAUUCAGUCACAAAUACGGCACUGUACAACAUGAGGAUGGCGACCCCAAGUGGACAAAAAUAUCUGCACCUCACGUAUCACAUUGGCAUUGUGAAGGUUUGAAAUACAUAGAAUAAUUUUUCAAAAGUCACUGCUUCCAUCUGUCUGUAACCUAACCCCCACAAUAAACAAGAGUUUAUUGUCAUUUUUUUUU